AUCACUGUUGAGGAUGCUGUGAUAGUCAUAAAAAAUAAUUAACUACCAAAGAAGUCCUGAAUUGAAAAAAAUACGGAACUAUAUAUAGUAUAUAAUAAUAAUUACACAUACAGUUUAACCUUUUAAAUUAAGAUUUUAUUGCCUAAACUUAGCAAGUAUAAUGUGCUCUUUAAGUGUAAGAAAUACAGAGUAGUUAAAAUAAAUUUAAAAAACCCGUCAUUUUCUUUGACCACGCAGUUGAUAUUUGAAACGUAGUUUAUGAAUCAGCCAAUUAAUUCUUCUGUGUAUAAUGUUAAAAAUAAUUAUAUAUGAAUUAAGUAAUUAUUUUAAAAACAAAAAAGUAUUUAUGAUAUUAAGUAUAUUAUUUUCUUUUAAAAUGGCUAAUGGAACUAUAUUUACUAAACAUACGGAUGCCAAAUUUUUUAAGAGGGUCCCCUCUAUAGGUUUUACCCAUCUUGAAUUUGCUAGGUAAAAACGUAUGUUGCUCAUGAAUCCAGAUAUAGGUUAGGAAGUAAAAUUCGUUCAAUAGGGUAUAGAAUGAGGGGCUAUAACUCUCCAAGAAAUAAGAAUUAACCUCAAAUUUGUUCAUCGCAAUUAUGUACAUUUUUUAUAUCGAAAAAAAUUAUGAGCUAUUUUUUUAAAUAACAUCUAUAUUUUUUCUUGAAAUUAACAUACAUAUAAAGACACAGAAUUAGUGUAGGACUUAAGAUUUGUAGAUUUUUUUUAUACAAAACAUCCUAAUUUUUGUUCCAAGCUGUUUACAGCUUUGGAGACUAUUUAAUAAAACAAAUUGACGUGCUAGGUAAAUUCUAAGCCCGGUCAGAAUUCAAUUAAAAACUUUUUUGAAUAAAUUUUAGAAAAUUAUUCAAAUGUAUAAAACACAUGUUUCUAAAUAAAAUACUACAUAUGGUAUGUUUUUUUAAACGAUUUUAUAGGCGACUUCAACAAUAACGACGUGCUAGAAUAAUUCUGAGACAAGAUGACGAUUGAGAAAAAAAUUUAUUUUAUUUUUAUACCAAGUUGAUUUAUUUUUUAUAAGCAUCGUUUUUUAACAUUCUCUCUUUUAUUUACAGUUUGAUAUUAUAUUUUGUUUAUUUUUCUUAAGUUUUUAGAUGACCCGAUUAAAUGUACUGCAGUUUAUGUAUAGUACCAUGCGGGCGAAACCAUUCUUAACCCGCGGGGGUCUUUGGUUAGAAAAUGUAAAUAGGGACCACAGCCCCUGGUGAUCAUUUCGCUCAUGCUACCCAUCUGGCCAACAAGCUAGUAUGUGGGCUUUAACUAGACAUCCUUUCAUAAAUGAACAAUAAACAUGCAUUAAUUAUUAAUAUUUGUAGCAGUUGAUCUUGAAUCCUUGCUUGAAGAUAUGCCAGCAAUAGGCAAAUGUGUGCUUCUUAUUGGAACUUAAUUAAAAAUAUAUAUUUAUAUACCAACUGAUUCAGUUGUUUAAAUACCUACGCAUCGAAUCUAAAAAUGAACGGGCAAGUAUUACGGGAGAACGGAAAGCGUCAAUUACAACAAAAGCGUGGUAGUUUUUCUUUUUGGGGAAACUUUGCAAUCGCUGUUUGAGAAAAAGCAACACUGCGAAUCAUUGAUUUUUCAAUCAUGCGUUUUCUCGCAACUUGUCUACUUCGCAGUUAUCAUAUUUUCCGUUCUGCUAUUUUCGUUUUCGUCAACUUCGUUAUAAAUAAUUAAAUUGCGUUUAAAAUACAACUUGUGGACUAUAAUUAUUUAGUUCUAAAAAUAAACUCGUGUAUUCAUACAUAAGAUAAAUAAUGCAAUAUAGUGAAUAAAAUUUAGUUUUUUUGUUUUAUAGUAAAUAACCACUGUAGUUAAAUAUACUAAAACAAAAUAUGGCAACUUUAGAAAGAGAAGAAUCGUCUUUGGAGUCGAUGCCUGUCGUAGGUUUAGAUUUCCAAGAGACUAUGAAUAAUUUUCGAAUAAUGUUCCCUACAUUGGACGAUGACGUGAUUGAAGCUGUUUUACGCUCCAACAAAGGAUGUGUCGACCCUACAAUUGACCAGCUAUUGACAAUGAGCAACGAUUGCCGAACAGAUUUUAAACCUAGCGGUUCAGUGUCAACCGAUGCAAAACCUCAACACGCAUUCAUUGAUCCAAUGUUGCCAGACGUUCUGCAUAAUCUGACGCAAAUUAAUGAACUUACAAAACGUUGGAAUCCUCCGCUGUUGGGACCUCUGCCGAAUGAUUUUCUCAGAUUGACGGUUAACGGCCACCCACAGCUUUCGGACAAUGAGUUAAACGAUGAGCAAAUCGCUAUUUUACUUCAAAAUGAAGAAUUUUUAAUACAAUUAAAAAGAAAUGAACAUUUUCUUACGACCUUAGAAAAAGACAGUCCUAUGGAAGAACAAACAUUUUUUGUGGCAAAUAAUGUGCAAAGCGAUGACGACGCUGCGUUUAAAGAAAGGUUAAAAAAUAUGGGGAAAGCUUCUAGAAAAAAGUUUAUACAAAUUGCUCGAGUAUUUACUGGGAAAAAGAAAAAGAGUUCAGCACGCAACAUACUAGGCCAAGGCGACAACCAUACUAAAGAUAAUUUAUUUUUACAAGAAGAAGAACAUUAACAAUUUGAGCUAAUUUUAUAAAUUGUGUUUAGUAGGAUUUUGUUCAGUUUUUUUUUUGCACUUAGUACCCCCAUCGAUUUAUUUAUAUCAGUUAAAAAGUAAGACAUAAGCAUUCGACUGAUUCGAAUGAACUAUAAAAAGUUGUAACGUUUAUAAAAUAGUUAUUUUAUCUUAUUCCGUAAAGUAUUUUUUUUUUUUUUUUUUAAAGAUGUAAUAAUUUAAUGUUUUUGGAUUGACUGAAUUUUUACAUCUUAGUUAAUCUUGACCUAAAGUAAAGUUUUAGACUUAAAGGUCUUAUUAAUGUCUAAAAUUUAGUUAACUUUAUUUUUUAAUAGAUUUGAAAAAAUGAAUGUAAAACUAAAUGCCAUAAAUUAAAUUUAUUAGAUUAAGGGCCAUCCUUACGUUUGUGUAAUAUAUUGU